AUGAUCGACAACCAGAAUGACGAGCAGAACUCCUUCUCCGUCUGGUGGGAGGAGCCUGUAGAACAAGACUCCGCCAACCCGAUGAACUGGACGAGCAGACGCAAAUGGUCCAUAAUCGGCAGCGUCUCCCUAGUCACUUUCCUCACGCCCCUGGCUUCGUCGAUGUUCGCUCCAGGAGUCCCCCAGGUCAUGGUCGACUUCCACAACGACAGCACCCUGCUGGCCACCUUUGUCGUCUCAGUCUUUAUCCUGGGGUAUACCUUUGGCCCGCUCGUUGUGGCACCGCUGAGCGAGUGGGCAGGCCGCUCGCCGAUCUACCAUGUCUGCAACGUGCUGUUUGUGGUGUUUUCGAUUGUCUGCGCCGUGGCUCCCAACAUGAACACGCUCAUUGCCUUUCGGUUCUUCGCCGGGUUCGUGGGCGUGGCUCCCAUCACUAUUGGUAGUGGCACCAUUGCUGAUAUAAUGCCGCGUGAGAAGCGAGGCGCAGCGAUGGCCAUCUGGUCGCUGGGGCCACUGCUGGGGCCUGUGAUUGGGCCGGUAGUAGGGGGUUUCAUUGUUGAGGACAAGGGGUGGAGAUGGGUGUUUUGGGUUUUGGUUAUUGUGUCCGGUGCCUCUACGCUGCUCUGUUUCCUUGUGCUGCGGGAGACGUACGCGCCCAUCAUCCUUGAAAAAAAGGCCGCCCACCUGCGCAAGGAGACAGGGAAUGAUGCCUAUCAGUCACGACUCAAGCCCAAUAUUCCCGCGGGGGAGAUGUUUCGGCUGAGCAUCUUACGCCCGACCAAGAUGCUGCUGUUCUCGCCUAUUGUCACGCUGCUGUCGUUGUAUGUGGCGGUCCUGUACGGCCUGCUGUACAUCCUCUUCACCACAUUCACCUUCGUCUACGAAGACCAGUACCGGUUUUCCUCGUCAAUGGUCGGGCUCGCGUACCUGGGGAGCGGGGCCGGGAUGUUGUUAGGGCUUUUCUUCGUCGGCCGACUUAGCGACCAGCGCAUCAAGAAGAUCAUGCAGUCUGGUCAUCCUGUUAAGCCGGAGGACCGGAUCCCCUUCUUUUUCUCCAUCCCAGGAUCGCUGUGCGUCCCAGUGGGACUCUUCCUCUACGGCUGGGGCGCCGACAAGCAUUUGCACUGGAUCGUGCCAGAGAUUGGCAACGCCUUCACGGGCUUCGGCAUGAUCAUCAUCCUCAUGUGCAUCAACACAUAUCUCGUCGACGCUUUCACAGCCCACGCCGCGAGCGCCAUUGCUGCCAACACCGUCUUACGUAGUCUUCUCGGCGCCCUCGUCCCGCUCGGAGGUCUGAACAUGUAUGACAGUCUGGGACUCGGAUGGGGAAAUAGCCUGCUCGGGUUUAUUGCAUUAGGCAUGGCGAGCAUUCCACUGUUGUUCCGCGUGUACGGUGAGCGCAUCAGGACGAACCCGCGCUGGCAGAGGGAAUGGUAG